AUGUUCUCCCCAUUGAAGUGUGUAAUAACCCGUUUCUCCUCAACAGAGUAUGCGCUUGAGUUGCCUUCACUUCAAUGCUAUUUCAGGGAACAAUCUUUGAUAAGGGUUCUCCCCAGUGCAGUCUCUUUAUUCCAAUUCCUCCUGCUUUCGAGUGAAAUGCAUAUUGGUGGAUUUGAUACAACAUUUUACCUCCCCAGUGUGACCAGCACUUUUCGAGAAAUUCUUGUUCAGUGGUUACUGGUUCUUCCCGGUUUGAGGCUAUCUAGUGUUCGGCUUGUUUUAGAUCCAAUGGAUAUUGGGCGAGUAGACACUCGUUACCUUUUCUCAAUCCCCUGGCGUUUAGAUAACGUUCUAAUUGUUUUGGUUCAGAAAGGAACUGUUACAAUUUGGUCGAGACCAGUUGAUACUGCAUCCUCCCGCCACCGUCAAUUCCCGGAAGAGCUUUCUCUAUCCCUGUCGUCCCCUCAUCGAUAUCGCCGCGACAUUCUCCAUUCGUUCUUCGAUUCGACUUCCAGACAACAUCUUCUCCAAACUUUUCAUCUCUUCAAUUUGGUGCUUUGA